CGCGCCUUCAUCUGUCUUUCAGCCGAGCCAUAAAGACCAACCCCGAUGUGCUGCCAACGACGCCGCUCACACAGCUGCUCUGGGACGACUUCUGGGGGACGCCACUCACCCACAGCGGCUCCCACAAGUCCUACCGGCCCCUCACUGUCCUCUCCUUCAGACUCAACUACAUGGUGUCGGAGUUCCAGCCACGGUCCUAUCACGUGACGAAUGUGGCGCUGCAUGUGGCGGCAACGGGCCUCUUCGCCGUGUUCGCCCGCACCCUGACGCCGCACGCCCGCCUGGCCCGCACGGCAGCGCCCCUUCUCUUCGCCGCCCACCCCAUCCACACUGAGGCCGUCGCAGGGGUGGUGGGCCGCGCGGACGUGGGCGCCGCGAUAUUCUUCCUCGGGGCGCUGCUCUCUUACAUGCGCUACUGUGGGUGCGGGCGGGGAAAUGGCCUCUCGAUGGGUGCGAUGACUGGGGGCAAGGUGGGGCGGCGGGCGUGGCUUGGGGCGGCGCUUGUGUCGGCCACGCUCUCCAUGCUGACGAAGGAGCAUGGCAUCACCGCCCUCGCCGUCUGCGCCGCCUACCACCUCUUCGUGUACGCCAAGCUUCGGCCCCGCGAGGUCUUCUCCGUCCUAACCGAGCGGCGUCACCGCGGGGUGGCGGAGGGCCUGGCUGGCCUCGGGGUGGCGCUCCUCGUGCUCCUCUCCUUCCGCCUCGCCAUAAUGGGCUCGCAGCCACCGGAGUUCGCCCCAGCGGACAACCCGGCGGCGGACUGCGAGUCGUCGGGGGUCCGGGCGCUCACAUUCUUCUUCCUGCCGGCCUUCAACGCGUGGCUGCUGCUGUGCCCCUACACCCUGUCCUUCGACUGGUCCAUGGAGGCCAUUCCGUUGGUGACGUCCCUGGCGGACCCCAGAAACUUGGCCUCCCUGGCCCUGUACGCCUGUCUGGGCCUCCUGGCGCUGGCCUCGCUGCUGGCCCUGCGGCGUCGACGCCCCGGGGACGAUGUGGGCGGCGGAGAGGCGACCACCACCAGCGACGUGACCAUCAUGGCGCUCGCCUUCAUCGUCCUUCCGUUCCUGCCCGCCACCAACCUCUUCUUCUACGUGGGCUUCGUCGUGGCGGAACGCAUCCUCUACAUCCCCUCCAUGGGCGUCUGCCUGCUGGUGUCGUGGGGCGCCCACCUCCUCUACGCACGGGCGCGCACUGCACGGGCUCGCCGGCUGGUGCAGGCGGCGCUCGUGGUGCUCUUCGUCCUCUUCUCGGUGCGCACGUGGAACAGGAACCACGACUGGGCCACCGAGGAGAACCUCUACCGCUCAGGCAUCGCCAUUAACCCGCCCAAGGCGUACGGCAACCUGGCCAACAUCCUGAGUUCUCAAGGCAAGAAGGAGGAGGCCGAGUGGGCAUACAAGAAGGCCCUCUCCUACCGCUCCAAUAUGGCAGACGUCCACUAUAACCUAGGUAUACUUUUUCAAGAGCAGAAACGGUACCAGGAGGCGCUGCAGGAAUACAAGCUGGCGAUACAGUUCCGUCCCAGGAUGGCGAUGGCACACCUCAACAUGGGUCUGGUGCUGGGUCUACUGGGACAAAGAACAGAGGCGGCGGAGGUCUAUCGGCACUGUUCGCAGCUGGACGGGUCUGGACUCAAGGACCCGCGAACCCACGAGUCCACCAAGAUCUCCGCGCUCUUCAACCUCGGCCGCCUCUACGCUGAUGAUGGCCACUUCGAGAGAGCCAUCGAAGUGUACCAGGAGGCCGUUGAGAGGAUGCCUUCACACUAUCAGCCGCAGAGCCUCUACAACAUGCUGGGCGAGGCGUUCUUCAAGCUAGAGAGGUUCGAGGAAGCGGAGAGGUGGUACUUGGAGGCGCUGAGAGUCAAGAACGACCACGUCCCUGCGCACCUAACCUACGGCAAGCUGUUGGCCAAAAUGCAACGAGUGGGAGAAGCCGAGGAGUGGUUUCAGCGGGCCAAGUCUCUCGCCCCAAACGACUCGACUGUUCAUCAACACUUCGGCCAGUUCCUGUCGGAGGUUGAGCGACACGAGGACGCCGCCGACCACUACGUGAAGGCGGCCCAGCUGGCGCCCUCAGAGUACGAGAUCAUCUUCAACGCGGCCAACACCCUCCGGCAGGCGGGCAGGAACAAGCAGGCGGAGGAAUACUACCGCCUCGCCGUCAACCUCAGACCUCAGGAGGCGACCUCGCACAUGAACCUGGGCGCGAUGCUGCACGUCAACGGCAAGUUGCUGGAGGCUGAGUCGAGUUACCUAGAGGCGCUGCGUCUCAAGCCCGACGACUCCAUCACCAGGACCAACCUGCAGAAGCUGCGACACCUGCUGGCCAAAAAGGGCAUUAGUCCCUCCAGAUAACGGGGUGCCCCUCACGGCGAGCAACGCAUCUGCGGGGCCGGCGGCCAUCUGGGGUGUGCCGGGAGAGCUUCCUAAUGCUGGGGCUCUAAGAGUGCCGCAAAAAGUAGCCCAGUGUCUUCCUGAAGGAGUCCCUGGGACACGUCCAUCCCUCAUCCUAUGAACCUGGAGUACCACACUCAGCUGCCGUCCUGCCACCCUGUGAGCGGCAAGAAGCACAACGUCCCCUGCCGCCACUCGUCCCCCGGGGGCGUCCAGUCCUACACGCGGCCACGCCAGCACACUCACGCCACCCUGGGAGGCGCUCAUCACAGCUCACCACAACUCGUCUAAUGCUCAAGCCAUCCAAAGCCUCCCAGCUCCGCCCGUGAGCACAAUACGCAGCAUCCCCCGGUGAGAAGAUGGCGGCGGCGGCCCUGGCCGGCGGCUCGCUGCGAGUCCCUCACAUCACAACACUGGCGGAGGGGCCACAGUGACGCUGACGCUAGAUCAUAAUAGCUGAUCUAGUCACACUGCGGAGCAGCAGCGAGUCUCCGGGCGGGCGUGAAAGAGUUCGGCUAAGCAUCACGCCGCCAUGCAGGCGGGUCUCCGCGCCGGGGGGCCGCUGGGCUGCCCGCCGAAGUCGCACAUGCUGCAAAGUAUUGGGCGGCAUCGCAUUUCAAGAAGCUUCUCUCCACAGCAUCUAAUGAAAAAAUACUGUGAAAAAUAUUCAAAAUUUAUCUAUCAAGGAGUGUUGAGUGGUACGCGCCUCCGCUUCUCAGUGGUCCAGCCUCACGUUUAGAGUCGCCUGUAUCCCAGUGCCUUGGGUGCGGGGGGCGGGACGCCGCCUCGCCAGCGCCGGCAGGAGGCCGCUGCCCCGGCGAGCGACGUGGCGACGCUCCCCAAACUCUCGCUAUAUAGUCCAGGUUGUAGUCUAAUUGUUAUGUUUUAUAUAUUUUUCUAUAGAACAGAUAAUGUUUGCAGAAGUGCACUGGUUAACUUCCAUAGUUACAGUAUCUCUAAACGACCACUGUGCCAAACACACACACGUACAAGCGCACACGCACACACACACACACACACACACACACACACAUUAGGUGCCAAAUAAUAUUCACUUUUCCUUGUCUGAUACACAAAUACAAACUCACUGCUCUGAUUUUUUUGUUAACACGCUGAGGUAAUCCACGGUGAUUACCUGACCUUAUUGUAUCCACUCAGCGUCAACAGUGAAGGAAGUAACAUUAGCCGGGCAGUCUUCCACGCUUCGCCUCCCCCGCCACCGCAAAGCUACACACACACACGCAAACAAACAAACACACACACAAACACACACACGAACAAAACACAGUCAUGUCCCCUGUUGCUUCCGAGACGAGACUGUCCGCUGGAACACAGUCAUUCGCGGGUGAUCAAGAAAUACACGGUGUUAGGCUCUGGCCCCCCGCCCGCCAGGCAAGGGUGAGGGGCCGAGAAGGAGCACCAGUAGUUUGUAAAUAAUAGAAAAAGAGGUUUGUGUAGGGUUGUCUUUCUCACUGUUCAUGGGUAUUAAGGUUUUAGGGAAAUUCCUGGUUGUGUUUACGAUUCAUCAAGACAUUUAAUCACGCCUGUUGGUCAUACACACACACACACACACACACACACACACACACACACACACACACACACACACCUUCAUUCUCUCGAAACCAGUGAUAUACAUGCAUCAUCCAUUUCAUCACAGCAAAGUAUACAGACAAAACUAUCAUGGGCGGAUUUACUAAGCGUCUUGUACCUCGACAUCGCCUGAAGAAGCACCACCUCUGCCGUUCAUCUCCCGUCCACUGACCGUCCAACGAACACCUCCAACGGACACCUCAAGGCCGCUACGUAACAUCCAUUGGUCUAAACUCUAAAACACUCUCUCCUACUCCUGGCGGCAGUGUUUGUGUUCCACCGUCCUAGUGAUAAAGGACUGUAUUAUAAGACCCAAGAACAUUACUUUGACAGGGCUUUCAUAGGAGUUGUGGUCAUUUCCAGGAGUAGUUCUGUGACCCUGGUGAUAGUGUGACCCUUCCUCUGUACCAUGAACCUGUAGAAACACUCAUUAGAACCCAGUUGGCCCCCUCUUUGACCUUUAGAAAUAGAUACUGUGAGAAGCGAGGGUGCCUUGUAAUACCGCCCAUAGAGACGGAGUAGAGAUUUUGUUUCGUGUUCAAGUCACUCCGCCGGUCAGCCCUUGAGGACUUCCCCGUUGCAGGUGUCGAUGUUAGAGCCUUGUCAUGUAGAUUCUUCAACACGCCACUUGACUAGAGAUUAUAUACUCCCCCGACCCGUCCACUCUCCCCUAAUCAUACUCUCUCACGCCCAUUCCUUUCACCUCUCUUUCCCUCCUCCUAUCCUCACGUCACCUUCCUUCCCAUUCCCGUCAUAUCCCUUCCCGUCACUUGUCCCGGAGUAUUACUGUAGCACAAUAAUCUGUGAUCAUGUCAACUGGCGGGCGGUGACCCUCAGCGGCCUAGGCAUUCACGCGGCGCCAAAAGUGAUGUAAUUAUUGCCCUAAGAUGAGGCGGCGGGGACGACACGGGAGGGAAACAACGUCUUGAGGGUGACAUGCGCGGCGGUGAUGUGUUAAAAAGGAUGUGUAUGCCUGCGUGGCUCUCCUGACGUGUUUCCUCCCCCCCGUGUUCUCCCCAAGGCCAUGUAGUGCCCCGUGAUGGCCCCGAGGUGUCUCCCCCGCGUCCAGUGCCUCAGCUUAGCUCGGCGCGCGUGGCCCCAUCGCCGCCACCCCCACCACAGCCUUGCCUUCAAACCUAAUCCUCCUACAAGCAGUUUGACUAUUUGGUAAAGUAAGAGUUGUCAAGAGACAGGCGUGGGGACGAGGCGUGGGGCCCCGUGCGUGCGAGGAGAGCGUGCGGCCUUAGUAGUCUUGGUGAAGAAAAUGAUUUUUUUUUUUUUAACAAGCGGAAAAAUACAAACGGCCUUCAUAAAUGCAGCAUUCAGGGAAAGCAACGCACUAACGGCGGCAGCAGCAGCAGCAGCAAAACUAUUAUCACUAACAUCGUCCUCCUUAUCCAGAAGUGAAGAAGAGGGGACGGAAGCCACGAUGUUCAGCGCCUCCUGAUACUGCUGCUGCCGCUACUCCAGUGUGACAAAGAACAACAGUAGUAGCAACAACAACAACAACAACAAUAACAACAGUAGCAAAAACAACAGCAACAACAACAAUGUUAUUCGUAACCUGUUUCAUCAUAACCAAAUCCUAACGCCGCUCGUCCUGCUGAGCCAGAGUGAAGCAGGCGAGCCAGCCAGCCCUUUAUUGUUGUAGGUUAACGUAUACAAAUGUGCAAUAUCAGAAUAUUGUGAGGGGCAGCCACAGCCAGCCGGGCGAGGCGACCACCACCUGCCUCACCAGCUGACGCCUCGGCCUGGCUGACGCUGCGCCCCAGAGCCCCGGUGACUGUGGGUGGCGGCGGGGCGGCGACGCAGCAGCGGCCGCCGCCCCGCGCCCCCACCACGCUCUAACUAAUUGUGAUGAAGCAAUGUUCUCUAAUGCCUUGUAGAUGAUAUGCCAAAGACUACGUAGAUAUGUUUCCUAGAUGUGUAAGAGAUGAGCCUCAUAUUAUUAAUGAUAAUUUUUCCCCGAUGGGGAAUGACAAAAUCAAAAGUAGUGUUGGUCUGUAGCGCGGCGGGCGGCGUGGCGGGCGGCGGGGCGGGUGUGCGGGCGCCGCAGCGACGCCAACACCCAGCAGCUUUAUUUAUUGCCCUCCUGAGCCUCCUCCUCCCCUCGAUGCUGUAAACAGUGGAGCGGCGCCCCCUCCGCCCCGCCCCGCCCCGCCCGGCACGACGCCCGCUCACAGUUAUAUUUCUUUCUUAAUCAAAAACUUGUGGGCUGUGUAUUUCUCUCUCUCUCUCUCUCUCUCUCUCUCUCUCUCUCUCUCUCUCUCUCUCUCAUCACGGUAAUUUCUCCCCCUACACCGUCACCUUUCUGUCUCUCCUCCGUCUACCUCCGCUCCUCGUCUCGCCCUCACCGCGCGUGCCUAAGCCUUUGAUAACUUCCCUAAUAUUUCAUGGUUCCUACUUUCCCACUUUCUUUCUCCAUUCUUUUCUUUCCUUUUUUCCCUUCUUUUCUUUCUCCUUUUUAUCCUGUUUUCCCAUCCUCCUCUUUUUUUUCAUUUUCAUUAAUCUUCCUCUUAUCCUUCGCCUUCCUCCUCCUCCUCUUCCUCCUUCAACUGUUUCCGGAUAGUUAAAAAAAAAGCGUUUCCAUUUAGAUUUUUCUCUAGUACCGUUUCCAGUAUUUGUUUCGCCUCUCGUUGUAAAAGCAAAUACUUGUUCAAAACACAUAUCUAUAUUAUUGCCGAAAAAAUGUGUGGGAUCUGAUCCUACGUAAAAAAUAAAUUAUCGUUAUUAUUGUUAUUUUCCAGGUUGGUUGUUUUUCUUUUGUAUGUGUGUUUAUAUUCUGUUAAUUAUUAUUAUUUCUUUUACUUCACUUCCUUUGUUAAUUUAUCAUGGUCGCCUUCGUAUACUACUGUUUCCUUUAUGGUAUCCUAUCUUGUCUUAUCGACUGAAAAUAAAGACUUUGUAUUAA